AUGUACUGUAUUGCACUUUCAAACGGUCACACUUGGAAGCAGCAGAGACGGUUUGCUGUAGUGACUAUGCGGAAGCUGGGUGUGGGGAAGAAAGGCAUGGAGCACCAAAUAGAAGAAGAGGCCCAGCAGCUGGUGGAGAUUUUUGCAUGUGCAAAGGGUCAACCACUUGACCCUUCCUUGCCCAUCACUAAUGCAGUCGCCAACGUGAUUUGUGCUGUAACCUUUGGACACCGAUUUUCUCUUGAAGAUGAAAAAUUCAAGAAAUUGAGUGAAGGUGUUGAUGUUGCUAUAAAAUUUGUAGGCAGCAUAUUUCAAGUUCUGUAUGAAAUGUUCCCAUCAAUACUGAAACAUCUUCCAGGGCCUCACAAAAAUGCGAUAGCUGCCUCUAAUCUGUUGCUUUCAUAUGCAAAGGAGGAGAUAAAAAAGCAUAAGGAGCAACUGUCCUUUCAUGAGCCACAGGAUUUCAUGGAUUUCUAUCUACUUCAGAUGGAGAAAAGCAAGAAUGACCCCAACUCUACCUUUGACGAAGAGAACCUGGCUCAGAACAUUCACGACUUCUUUAUCGCGGGAACAGAGACAACCACCACUUCUCUGAGAUGGGCACUUGUCCUCCUGACAAAUCAUCCAGAUGUCCAAGAUAAAGUCCACAAGGAAAUCGAAGAUGUUUUCGUUUCUUCUCAAUCUAUCUCCUAUCAAGAUCUAAAGAAAGUCCCCUACACUAAUGCUGUGAUUCAUGAGAUACAGCGAUCAAACUAUGCCUUCUUUUUUGGGGCCCCAAGACAAUGUUCAGAGGACGUGAAGCUGGGUGGUUUUCUCCUUCCCAAGGGGACCCUUGUUAUUCCAGACCUGCGCUCUGUUCUUCUGGAUCCUAAGCGAUGGGAGACUCCUAAAGAGUUCAACCCAAAUCAUUUUUUGGACAAGGAUGGAAAUUUUGUGACUAGAAAAGAAUUUCUGCCAUUCGGAGCAGGGACUCGGGUGUGUUUGGGGGAGCAGCUGGCGAGAAUCGAGCUCUUCAUCUUCUUGAUUAAACUGCUGAGGAAAUUCAGGUUUCAGCUGCCGGAAGGAGUGAAAAAACUCAGUCAAGAUCCUGUCAUGGGGCUCACAUUCCAACCCCCACCUUAUAAAAUCUGUGCUGUUCCUCACAGUAACUCAUCGUAA